AUGGUCGGUUUCAGCCUCCGCGACGGUGAACCUCAGCACACAUUUGUAUGCACUACUCAGGCAUACGCUCCUAAUGAUCUUUUCAACUAUUCAUCGGGACGCUGGCUCGUCAACAAUGAUCUUCGCCUCGCAGAGCGCAGACGUGAGUUCGACGUCAACGAGCUUUGUCGACGUGCGGCGCAGUCUGUUGGUCGGACUUCGCAAGAUAUCGACACAUUUGUGAAGCUCGCCGAGGGCGGCUUCAACCGGACUUUCCUUAUCACCAUGCAUGGUGGCUUCGAGAUGGUGGCCCGCAUCCCGUACCCCGUCACGGUCUCUAAGCUCUACGCUAUUGCUAGUGAAGUGGCCACAAUGCGUUUCCUCCGAUCCUCUGGGCUGCCUGUUCCCGAGGUUUACGAUUACUCUCCUUCGUCGGACAAUGUUGCGAAGACGGAAUACAUUUUUAUGGAGUUGAUCAGAGGUACAAAGCUCAGCGACGUGUGGAUGGAGCUGGAGGAACCGGAUAUCGUUUCGGUCUUGCGUCAACCUGUUCAACUCGAAUCUCGAAUGAUGUUGAUUCCUUUUCCGGCCGGUGGAAGCCUUUACUAUACCAAUGACCUGGAGAAGGUGGAAGGGGUCCAUACUAUAGACGAAAACGCCAAGGCAGUGCUCGUAGCAGCAGCUCUCAAGGAGCUGGCAUAUUUGGAAAAGUUUGGUCGACCGCUACUACCGUUCCAGCGUGGAAGAAGGGAGGCUUAUGGGUACAAGGGGCAGUCACCUUCGGAUCACAUCAAGAAUCUCGAACGCUACCUUGUCAUCGCACCCUCGCUCGCCUCCAAGGACUCAGCCCUCCAUCAUUUUCGAUCUCCAGCCGAGCAACAUCAUCGUUGCUUGCAAAACUACGAUGACCCGGUCUCGCAGGCUCUCACCCCACCCUCACUGCCAGCGAACAUGGACAAACUGGAUCAAUCCGAGCACAGCCAUGCAAUGGGACUCUAUCACCGCGGCCUCGUCCACUUCCACUACGUCAAGAACACGGAGCAGUACAACAAGCUCCAUCAUGAUGCAUUGUCCGACCUCGUGUCCAUGUUCAUCUACCGCCUUUUCAACCAAGCUGGUGCUCCAUGGGAAGGUGAGACUCACGCGCUGAAGACUACGCUAAUAGAGGCAAUGGAGAUGUGGGGGAUGCUCACAGGGGAAGGUGUGCCGUGUCCAGUCGCGUUCGAACCCGAGGACCUACGCAAGACGAAGGAGCUGAGCGCAAAGCUGCAAGUAGCGGACGAGAAUUUUGAGGGGUGCUGAGGCACGGUUGGCUUCGAGACGGAGACCUGGGUGUCCAACGAACACUACGAGAUGGCCAUGGCCCUCGCUGAGCUGCUAAAGCUGAGGGUGUUGAUGGAGAUCCCGGAGGAGGAAGUCCGGGCUAAGACUGAGGCAAAUUGGUUCUUGAACGAUAUGGACGAAAAGGAUUACAUGUAGUGAAUUGAUUGAAAUAUUCCACG